AUGGACUGGAAAUGGGCGGGGCUGGGGAUGACGUGGGAGGUGGGAAGCUCUGGCCGACGGGGAAAGGGGCACUGGGAAACAUCUCGACACUGGGAUGACCGCCAGCAGCAGCAGCAACAACCAUGGCAGCUUGAACAGGGUAUCCAAAAACAGGGUAUCCAGGAGCAGUACCACAACUACUAUACUCCAUACCAGGGAAGAGCCCAUAUGGUCUCAAGUGACUCACGCUCCCCAUGGCAAGUGGCGCAUGCCCAUGGUGGUGGGAUGGCGUGGAGUGGGGAGGAAGCGUGGCAGUCUGAAACGGCUGGAAUGGAAGGUGUUGCUGAUGAAGCAUGCCGGAGAAAGGAGGAGGAGGAGGAGGAGGAGGAGGAGGAGGAGGAGGAGGAGGAGGAGGAGGAGGAGGAGGAGGAGGAGGAGGAGGAGGAGGAGGAGGAGGAGGAGGAGGAGGAGGAGGGAGGAGGAGGAGGAGGAAGCGGAGGAGGAGGAGGAGGAGGAGGAGGAGGAGGAGGAGGAGGAGGAGGAGGAGGAGGAGGAGGAGGAGGAGGAGGAGGAGGAGGAGGAGGAGGAGGAGGAGGAGGGUGA